AUGUCACGUGCAGUUCGUCCUAUGGAAAAUGUGUUAACAACUAAAGCAGAAACAAAUUCAUUCGAAAGUAUCUUUAAAUUAUCUGAUUUACAAUCAUGCCGAAAAUACGUAGCUUUUCUCACGCUUGUGUAUUUUUUGAUGGUACUUACGCAAGUUUGCAAUCUUCUUUUCAUGACUUUUGCUGAUCGAAAGCCAACUGUAGAAGAUUUUUGUGGGAAACUGUAUCCUGAAUACAUUGCAUCGAAGAACUGUACAUCAACUGGUUCUUGUUGGGUUUCAAUCAAUGAAUCUAAAGUUUAUUGCGCAUCAAGUCAUUAUGAUUUCAUUCCUAUUCGAAAUGAUUUUGAAGUACCUAAUGAGUAUGUAAAAGUUGGUACAACUCUACAAAACGUUGGAUUAAUGAUUGGUGCAAUAGUUGCUGGUAAUCUAGCUGAUAUUUACGGUCGGAAAAAGGUACCAAUUUCAAAUAUUCUAAGAACUUUAUGCAAAGGUCAAAUUUUGCUUAUUGGUACCAUUGGUAUGAUGCUAUCGUUAUUAGCCACAUCUUUUGCACCAUCCUUUAUUAUAUUUACUUUUCUUCGUUCUCUCGAUAUGUUUUUUACUGGAGGAAAGCACUGCGUUAGUAAUCCUUACUUUAUGGAAAAUCUACCAGAUAAACAUCGAAUGUGGAUGGCUACAGUAGUAACUUAUUCGCCAAACUAUAUAAUCUUAUCUGGAAUUGCUUAUCUAUGCAAAGACUGGAAAACACUAUCUCGAAUAGCAUCUGCACUUACUGUUUUACCUUUGAUUAUGAUUCCGUUUUCAACAAGUUUUAUCAGUUAUGGGAUUGCGUAUAAUAUGGAUGCCUUAGCCGGGACUGUUUACGUAAACGUAAUCAUUUUGGGUGCAGCACGUUACGCUAUUAAUAUCACUGCUGCACUUUUAGAAUUCACGAUCAAACGUGUUGGUCGUCGAUUACUACAUUGCUCAGCCGUUGGCUUUAUAGUAAUUACGAUGGCACUUAUUUUCAUCGUUUACUUGUUUACGUGGCCACAAAUUGAUGAAUAUAAAGCAAUUGUGAAGGCUGGCGGGGAAGGAGACCCAUUAAUCCAUGCAGUAGUAACUUUUACGCGUUUCGCUUCCAUAUUAGCUGCAGCAAUGUGUACAGAAUUAUUUGUAUUGGAUUCUGUACAACCAACAGAAUUAUUUCCAACACCUGUCAGAAGUACUGGAAUUGCAUUCAUUCAAACUUUCAAUCGUUUAGGAACUAUUGUCAGUCCACUUGUAUUCAUUCCAAGCAAACAUUGGCCUCCAGCUCCAUUUCUCAUGAUGUUCAUUACUAGUUUAGCUGAUUUUCUUUUAUACUUUUUCUUCGUACCUGAAACUCGAGGUAAAAAACUACCAGAUAAUAUGCCUGGUGAAGAACCUGAAAAAAAGGAGCUAAUGGAUGGUAAGAUAUCUGUUGAGGAUAUUCAAGCUGUUCCCCCUAGAUUGAAGAAUGUUCACAAUAUUAAAUUAGAUACAUCAUACUGA